UCCCCGCCCUUCACAAAACCGAAAACGAGGCACGAGCUCUAGGUCAUUAGAAUCUUGAUCGUCCACGUCAAACCAAGUUUUGACGUUUGCUACAAAAUAACACUUUUUCGCCUUAACGUUUCUUUUUUUAUUAGUAGCUAGCUACGCGAAAAAUACAUGCAGGCUCUAUUUCAAUGACAUCGGAACAUGUCUCGUAAAGUUCAGGUUGUAGACGUUUCCAUAACAGCAAUGUUUAACUGUGCCCUUCCAGAGGCAAGAGAGACAAUUUACAAGCCAGAGUCCCAGACAGUCCCAUCCGGCUAGACAGUCAGUAGCCUACUGUUCUUGUUGUUCCUUGUUUGGGGAUAGAAUUGGGAAAAGGCUACUUUUAUCUUUUGGAUAUCUUUCUCAGGUAUGUCCUGGUGUUUUCCUUUGUAGAUGAAUACUUAUACUAGUAUCAAAUGUUUUAGAAAAGCAGCUUUUGCUUACAUAAUAUUAGAGCAUCAUGUUUACAGUGUGAACUUUUAUUUAAGGCCAAAUUGUAGACAAGUAGACAUAGGAAUGGGCCGGAGGAACCAACCAAGGGCAACAAGACCAGAAAUAGGUGAUAAACGGGUAACACCUGACCCUCUUCCAAUGGUUGUUGGAGCAGUGAAAUGUGUACUACCCAGGAAGACUGCCUUAAAGUUAAUUAAGGCUUGUGAAGUAACCACAAACAUAGGAAGUUCUGUCUCCAAUACGUAUGAGAGAUUAGACAAUAGAGUGGUGAAAAUCUGUGUCAAUCUAUGGCCUGUCCUGGCUUCAGCCAAAGAGCCUGUAGAGGAAAGCAGUGAUUCACUGGAUGAAGAGGAACCUGGGACCAGCACAGAUACAAGGACCUUCAACACAUCAAAGUCUGGUGAGCAGCGUCCGAGAGACCAAGAAAGGAGACCCCACGUUAGACAAGAAUUGGACAGGGCUAAAGCAAGCCGUCUAGUGAAGCCUAUUUUACUACCACCCAUAAGUAAACUAUCCCCUACAACACGACUAGCACAUUCAGAGUGCAUGGGAAUGCCAGUGUCACACACAUCUCUGCCACAGAUAUGUGUAUCAGACCAAGAUGCCUUGGUCAAAUCCUCCAAGGGGACAAAAGCCAAUGAGAAUAAGGCACCAUUUCCCAUGAUCCUAUUGCAGAAGACCAGCACUUUGAUGGACAGCACCAUUAUCUCCCAAUGUAGGUCUGCCCAGGUUCACCUCCCUGAGAUCUCAGUGUCCAGUAUAGAAGGUCUGCUUCAGAGAGUUGCAGAGCGAGUGGGAAGGAGAGAGAGAAAGAGGGAUGAGACGUCGGGACUGAACAAUCCUGAUCAUCUUCUCAUGGCUGGCGCACUGCGAAACCUGAGAGAGAAGAGGCUCCAGCAUCGGGGAGACUAUAGCUCAGAGGGAGCGGUAAGAUGUCCAGAGGUCAAGCCAAUCGGUGGGCAGAAAGGGACCACUCUAGUAACAGAGAAUGGUAUGCAGAACCCUGCCUCACUCUGCAAUAAAACCAAACUGCCUGUCAUCCUUAGUAUGACCAAAGGCAGCCUUUGA